AACCAUUAGAAUCGACGGACUUGUUUCUCCCCGGAGGUAUGUGAGUGCAGCACAUCUUGUGAGCAGUCGGCACGCCAUUGUAUGAAUUCGCUUUAUUUAAGCACUUUUAAAAAUAAAUGUAACCUAUCUAAGUUUAGCGACAAAUCGUAGAACUCAGAAGCUUUUGUUUUAAAGUAGAAGUAUUUUAGUUUGAUUUACGGACAUGGCUACGGAUUCCUGGGCUCAGGCUGUGGAUCAACAAGAAGCUGCAGCUGAGUCGAUAAGCAACCUUCAAUUAAGUGAAAAGGAAGACAAACCAAAAGCAGAGGAAAAUGGAGCCAAGGCUGAGGGAGAAGGAGAGAAGACUGAGGAGGAAGAAAAAGAGGACAAAGCAGCUCAGUCGCUGUUGAACAAGUUGAUACGAAGCAAUCUAGUGAACACCACCAACCAAGUGGAAGUUCUCCAAAGGGAUCCGAACUCUCCGCUUUACUCGGUCAAGUCGUUUGAGGAGCUGCGCUUGAAGCCUCAGCUACUUCAAGGUGUUUAUGCUAUGGGCUUCAACAGACCCUCGAAAAUCCAGGAGACCGCCUUGCCCAUGAUGCUUGCAGAACCCCCACAGAAUCUUAUAGCGCAGUCUCAGUCGGGUACAGGUAAAACUGCCGCAUUCGUCCUGGCUAUGCUCAGUCACGUGGAUCCCAGCAACAGAUGGCCUCAGUGCCUGUGUGUGUCGCCUACAUACGAGCUCGCCCUCCAGACGGGCAAGGUCAUCGAGCAGAUGGGCAAAUUUUACCCUGAAGUCCAGCUGGUGUAUGCAAUCCGAGGAAACAAAUUGGAGAGAGGGGUGAAGCUCCAGGAGCAGAUUGUGAUCGGCACUCCUGGCACAGUCCUGGACUGGUGCCAAAAGCUCAAAUUCAUCGACCCAAAGAAAAUUAAAGUGUUUGUUCUGGACGAGGCAGACGUCAUGAUCGCCACACAGGGUCACCAGGACCAAAGCAUUCGCAUCCAGAGGAUGUUGCCUAAAUCCUGCCAGAUGCUCUUGUUCUCUGCAACGUUCGAGGAGUCUGUGUGGAACUUCGCCAAGCGGAUCAUCCCCGACCCGAACAUCAUCAAACUGAAGAGAGAGGAGGAGACGCUGGACACCAUUAAGCAGUACUAUGUGAUGUGCGACAGCAGGGAGGAGAAGUUCCACGCCCUGUGUAACAUCUACGGUGCCAUCACUAUCGCACAGGCCAUGAUCUUCUGUCAUACCAGGAAAACAGCGGGGUGGCUAGCAGGAGAGCUGUCUAGGGAGGGCCACCAGGUGGCGCUACUCAGCGGUGAGAUGCAGGUGGAACAGAGAGCUGCGGUUAUCGAGCGUUUCCGCAAUGGCAAAGAGAAAGUCCUGGUCACUACAAACGUCUGUGCCCGAGGUAUCGAUGUGGAGCAGGUCUCGGUGGUUAUUAAUUUCGAUUUACCCGUGGACAAGGAUGGAAACCCUGACAACGAGACGUACCUGCACCGGAUCGGGCGCACUGGGAGAUUUGGCAAGCGAGGGCUGGCGAUCAACAUGGUGGACAGCAGGUUUAGCAUGAACAUUCUCAACCGCAUUCAGGAGCACUUCAAUAAGAAAAUUGAAAAACUGGAUGCGGACGAUUUGGAUGAAAUCGAGAAAAUAGCGAACUGAGGAGAGGGACGGGCUUCUCCAGCAGUGGUUUUAUUCCUUGGGCUAGGAGUAGAACUAUGCCACGCAGGAUGUUUACGAGGACAUGGAAAUGUCGUCUUUUAGAUUUUCUCUUUAUAGGUUUUAACAUUACCGCAGUUUCACUCUUUGUACUUCUUAAUAAAAUCCAAAUGUGUAGUUCUUUUUGUCGUGUGAGUAAAUAAGGCGUGUAGGUCACUAGAUUACAUUUGGAUGCGGGCUUUGAUCAGUUUAGAGAAAAUAUGAAGUGUUUUACAUGACACUACCUGAACUCUUGUUCUGCUGUUCUUGUAUUAUGGAAAUGAUCAUCUAGAGGGGAAAAGAACCCCAACAAUUUUUAUAUUUCUGCUAUAAGUCAUGUGUAAUAGAUUUUAAGGUCUGGAUAAAACAUUUCUAAACAAGCAAACUUCUUAAGGAGGUAUGGCUUGUCUUCCGUUGUUAAUGAUGAUUAUUGUAUUUGUUGAUUUAGUACCUCAAACAUCAGUGCUGAUGGUACAUAUUAUUGGCGUUGAUCACUUUACAAAUAAAUUUGCCAAAGUUAAAUUUUUUGAUUAACCAAAGUCUUGUGCCUACACUGAUUGUACCAGUACACCUUAAAAUUGAACUUUUAAAGUGGAAUCAUACAAUCAUGUAUUUUAAGGGUUGUACAUACAAAGCAAUAUUGGGUUUUUAAUUAAGUAGUACAAAGAGUGAAAUAAUCGGUAUGUCUGCUCAGAACGGAAAUUAAAGGGUAACUCAUGUUGACAAAGGUAUUAUUGGUGUGCCGCUGUACGAGGUCAGAGCCAUGUGUACGACUUAACUUCUGUCAUGUACACGGCUGGUUUGAAGCACACUGGUUAAUUCUAGGUGUGCUUUUGCCUCAUGAACACAUCCUCUGUGCUACUUCAGGGUAGUCUUUCUAGCAAAUUAAGUUAUAUUGUGAGACAUUUUGUAUCACGAUCAACACAAGAGACUGCAUCUUAAAGCUAUUUUAUUCAUUUACCCAAGUGCUUGAAGGAACAAGUCAAUAUGCAACUGACUGUGAAACAAUCACUUUGGAACUGUCACUAAGUUGUUCACUUUAUCGGUGCGUUUUUAGUUUAUUUUUUCAAAUAAAACAUUUAUCAAACCAGCCCUUAACAGAGGUGCCAACAUUACUGAUGAGGAAAUCCUAACAAGCGGAGAGACCUAACAGCAUUUAAAAAAAAAAAAGACGGAUGUAAACGUCUGGUACUUUUUUUUUCCCCAACCAAAGUGUCCAUAGUCCCACAAAAUUGGAGGUGAAAGUUCACCUAGAUAAAGCUGGCAGAAAGUCAGUGACAGACACAAAUGUGUCUUAACAUCAUUUUGUCCUUUCCCCUUCAGUGAAUUGGGUUUUUUUCCCUGCUGGAUGAAUUUUAUUAGCAUUUUUGUGUGUCAGCUGCUUUAACUGUGAAAGCAUAAAAGCAUCAUUUUCAGAAGUCUCCUUUAUCGCUAAAGUGAGAGAUCAAAAAUCAUAAACGCUAAAGCUGAAACUGUAUGUUGGCACCUCUGCCUUAUUUCUCAAUCAGCAUAAUAUUUGAUGAUCAUUUUAAAAAAAGGUUGCCUGCAAGAAACAUUCCUGCUUAACUUCAGGGUUUAAACAUUUUUAAAACGUUUUUCAUGUCCCUCUUGAUUAGUUGUGUUUUUACACGAGCUGCGGAUCAUGCAAAUGGACUCAAAACUGAAAUAAAAACACAUUCUGUGUCCCGAGACUACGAGAAUGAGCUCAAACACU